GUUAUUAUUAUUAUGUUUUAUGAUUAGACUAUUCGGUAGAAAAGGUUAAAAACAAAAUCCCAGCCGUUAACAACUCUGAAAAUAGAAUCAGAUCGUUUGUUGGGUUUCAUAUUCAAUGCGCCAACUCCCCUGACUUUUUGAAUCCGUCUGAAGUACUACUGCUGAACUACACCUGCCCAGAAAUAACUACAGAAAGUUAUUUACCAAAAGGGCUCUUCGGACUUUGGAUUCUUGGGUAAGCCAGAAAAUCAAGCAACCUUUCUUUUUUCUUGGAUGAACUGGAGGGAUGGAUGGUGGUGGUGUUGAUGUCUUGUGGGCUCGGUCAAUAAUCCCUUUUCUGGAUCAAAAGUUUUUGACUUAUUGGUCAAGUUUGAUGAGUGAGAAUGAAAAUUAGGAAUUGGAUGAAUAAAAGAAAAACUAGUGCCAGUGGAAGGCUGCGAAAGAUGAUGAAAUGUAUUUGUUCCGGGGAGCAGUUGAGAGCAGAUGAAAUAAUUCCUUCAUCAGAGUCGCUUGCUACGCGGGACUACUCAGCGAGUGGGUAUUCCUCUCGAGCUGGUGAAGCUGAUUCAAAGUUGGAUACCGGCAACAUUGAAGAAGCUGAAUCGUCUCUCCGUGAGAGUGGCUUUCUGAACUAUGAGGAAGCAAGAGCAUUAUUAGGUCGGCUUGAGUAUCAGAAAGGGAAUGUAGAGGCUGCUCUUCAUGUAUUUGAAGGAAUAGAUGUUGCUGCUGUGACCCCUAAGAUGAAGAUUUCCCUGGCUAGAAGAUCUGAGCUCCCUAGACGCCAUUCACAAAGUGAUGCUGUGCCACCAAUGUCUAUGCAUGCUGUCAGUUUACUUCUUGAGGCAAUUUUUCUCAAGGCGAAGUCAUUGCAGGCUCUAGGAAGGUUUAAAGAAGCUGCUCAAUCAUGCGAUGUAAUUCUGGACACUGUUGAAUCUGCAUUACCUGAGGGAUUGCCUGAAAAUUUUGCUGCUGAUUGUAAAUUGCAGGAGACCUUGAGUAAAGCUGUAGAGUUACUGCCAGAGCUGUGGAAACUUGCUUGGGUUCCGCAAGAAACAAUAUUGUCAUACAGGCGGGCCCUCCUCUAUCAUUGGCAUCUUGAUGUGGAGACCAUAACGAAGAUAGAAAAAGAAUUUGCAAUUUUUCUUCUUUACAGCGGAAGUCAUGCAACGCCUCCAAAUCUUCGCUCCCAGAUGGAAAGUUCCUUUGUACCAGGAAAUAAUACAGAAGAGGCCGUUCUUUUGCUAAUGAUUAUUCUUAGAAAAUUCGUACUUGGAAGGAUUGGAUGGGACCCAUCAGUUUUGGAUCACCUUUCAUUUGCACUAUCUAUUGCAGGCGAGUUUAGGGCCCUUGCCCAUCAGAUUGAAGAGUUGCCUACUGGGAUCAUGGAAAGAAAAGAACAAUUCAGCACUCUAGCUUUAUGUUACUAUGGGGAAGGUGAGAGAACUGUGGCCAUGAAUCUGUUGAGGAACCUGUUGAAUGAUAGGGAGAACCAUAACUGCAGUUUUGAGCUAUUACUGGCUUCAAAGAUUUGUGGGGAAAAUCCCGAAUGUGUUGAAGAAGGUAUAGUGUAUGCCCGGAAAGUCCUCCCCAUACUCAAAGGAAGAUGUCAACAGAUGGUAAGUGUUGCAAACUGUUUGCUUGGCAUCUUACUUUCAGCCCAAUCUAGAAAUGUUGCCUCUGAUUCUCAGAGAAUUUCAAGACAUUCCGAGGCACUUGAGGCACUAGAAACUUCCAACAGAAUGAUAAGGGGUAUGAACCCUAAUAUUUUAUUCCAUCUUAGUCUGGAAAAUGCUGAGCAGAGAAAACUGGAUGUCUCUCUUUACUAUGCAAAGCAACUGUUGAAACUUGAGGCUGGUUCUAGUGUUAAAGGAUGGAUCCUUCUAGCUCGCAUUUUGUCAGCUCAAAAGCGGUAUGUUGAUGCUGUGAAUAUAAUUAAUGCUGCUUUAGAUGAGACCGGAAAGUGGGAUCAAGCAGAGCUGCUUCGUACCAAAGCUAAACUUCAGAUUGCACAAGGCCAACUAAAGGAUGCAAUAGAAACAUAUACCCAUCUUCUUGCAGUUCUUCAAGUCCAGAGUAAAAACUUUGGGGUUCAGAAGAAGCCUUUGAAGAAUAGGGUAAGCAGAGACAGAAGUCUCGAAAUGGAAACAUGGCAUGAUCUUGCAGAUGUGUACACGAGUUUAUCGCAGUGGAGGGAUGCGGAGGUCUGUCUUUUAAAAUCCAAGAAUAUCAAUCCUCAUUCUGCUUCUAGAUGGCACUCCACAGGUUUGCUCUACAAGGCAAAGGGCCUCCACAGGGAAGCUCUCAAAUCCUUCGAGAAGUCUCUGGAUGUUGAUCCCAAUCACGUUCCUAGCUUGAUCUCCACAGCCGUUGUUCUUAGAGAGCUCAGCGACCAAUCCCUCCCGGUUGCGCGUAGCUUUCUGACGGAUGCGCUGCGGCUCGACAGAACGAACCCUUCUGCUUGGUACAAUCUUGGGCUACUUUACAAGGCCGAGGUUGGUGCAUUGGCGCUAGAAGCUGCCGAAUGUUUUGAGGCGGCAGCCCUUCUCCUGGAAUCUGCACCGGUUGAACCCUUCAGAUAGAUGAUGAGUUCAGUUGAUCCAUCUCACCUAAUCUGUUUCUGAUAAAGCAAAAACAGCCAGAUAGAUCAUAUAUAUAUAUAUAUAUAUAUGUAUUUAGUUUUGAAGAGGUGGUAGUUAACUUAUGUAAUAGAAUGUGUUUAUAUGCAAUGUUUAAUUUGAUUACUGAUUUUAUAUUUGGUAA